AUGAGUGGCCCGUGCAUCUCCAUUAGACUGACGGCCCUCAUGUUUCUAUGGAAGUGGUUAACACUAAGCCUGCUCCAGAGCUGGGUGUCAGUAGGGGCCGGGGCGGCGGACCCUGUCGGAGCUGGCUUCAGCGGCUCCACGGGGCCACUGGGCUGGCUCCUGUCGGACAAGGGACCUUUUCACCACUCCCAGGAGUUUGUUGAUUUCACAGAGCGCUACCAACAAGGAUUCACCACCAAGUACAAGAUAUACAGGGAGUUUGGCCGCUGGAAGGUGAACAGCUUGGCCCUGGAGAGACAAGAAAACAAUGGCAUUGCCUUGCCGCUGGACCCCGAUUUCCUCCAGACCAUUAGGCAGCUGGGCAGGAGGCCCAGUCUCAGCGCCAUCACAGACAACAUUAUUAGGAAAUACGGAACCCACUUCCUGCUCUCCGCUACACUUGGAGGGGAAGAGUCAUUAAUGAUAUUUGUGGACAAGCGGAAGUUGAGUCGGACGUCUGAAGUGACUGAAACCAAUGGCACAGCUGUGACUCUGGAAGCUCUUCACCAGCUGGCUGCCUCCUACUUCAUUGACAGGGAGAGCACCCUGCACAAGCUGCACCACAUCCAGAUCGCCUCUACUGCCAUCAAGGUGACCGAAACAAGGACGGGCCCUCUUGGAUGCAGUAACUAUGACAACCUCGACUCUGUCAGCUCCGUUUUGGUUCAGAGUCCUGAAAAUAAGAUUCAUUUGCAAGGCCUCCAGGCCAUACUGCCAGAGUACCUAAGGGUUAGGUUCGUGCAGGCAGCUCUCAGCUACAUCGGUUGUAAUGAGGAGGGCCAGUUUGUGUGCCGGGACAGUGACUGCUGGUGCCAGUGCAAAGUGGACUACCCACAGUGUAAUUGCCCCGAGUUGGAUCUGAAAGCUAUGGAAGCCAGUGUGCUGAAAAUCCGAGAAUCCUGGAACAUGGCCAACCAGGACUUUGAGGAGUCAGAUGAGUUUCAGAACUUCAUCCGAAGGCUGCCCACUUUCUACGCACUGAACACGUCCGCCAUCCAAUACUUCUGGAAGCUGGAGCCUACCAUUCACCAGCGCUACAAACAGCUGGAGCUCAGCACCCAGCAGCUCCUGAGCAAAGCGAGACGCAUCAUCAACAAGCUCUUCACCCUCAGCAAGAGGUGUCGAACUCAGCCCAAAAUUAUUAUGCUGAGGGAGAGGCCGUACAGCUACUGGCUGAACUACAUCCUCUCGAUCAUUUACUGCAGUGAGAACAACCACAUCGGCUGGUACCUGGAGGAAACCAGGAGCUGCUCCUGCCCCUACGAGCACCCCCCCUGCCAGGGAGUGAUCCCCUGCACAGUGGGCGAGGGCACCUCAUGCGCCUCCUGCUCCUAUGAGAACCGCUCACGAUGCGCCACCUGUAAUCCGGGUUACAUGCUAAGUCAGGGCGUGUGCCGCAACGAAGUGCCCGACUCCACCGAUCACUAUAUCGGCUUCGAGACGGACCUGCAGGACCUGGAGCUACGCUACCUUCUGCAGAAACGAGACAACCGCAUCAGCAUCCACGGGAUUUUUGUCAGCAACGAUGUCAGGCUUAAUAACUGGUUCGACCCGUCUUGGAGGAAGAGGAUGCUGCUGACGCUGAAGAGUAAUAAAUAUAAGUCAAACCAUGUCCACAUGCUCCUGGGGAUGUCUCUACAGAUCUGCCUUACCAAGAACAGCACUCUGGACCCCAUGCUGUCUGUCUAUAUCAAUCCGUUUGGGGGGAGCCACUCUGAGAGUUGGAUCAUGCCAAUUGAACAGAACAACUACCCAGACUGGGAGAGGACUAAAUUAGACCGUCCAUAUGACUGUUACAACUGGACUUUGACUUUGGGCAACAAGUGGAAAACAUUUUUUGAGACGGUCCACUUUUACCUACGGAGCCGGAUCAGAGCGCCCUCAAGCACCGGGAAUGGAAGUGUAUAUUAUGAGCCCUUGGAGUACCUGGAACCGGGGGGAAAUCUAGGCUACAUGAAGAUAAACAGCAUCCAGGUGUAUGGCUAUAGUAUGCACUUUGACCCAGAAGCGAUCCAGGACUUGAUUUUACAGCUCGACUACCCAUACACUCAGGGAUCGCAGGACUCUGCCUUGCUGCAGCUGCUGGAGAUCCGGGAUCGAGUCAACAGGCUCUCCCCGCCUGGAGCUCAGCCUCUGGACCUCUUCUCCUGUCUGCUGCGGCACCGGCUCAAACUGUCAACCACGGAUGUUGCCAGGAUCCAGGCAGCGCUGCAGACUUUCAGUGCCAAGCAGCCCAACUCGAUGGAAUACGAAACAACCAAAUUAUGUAGCUAAUAAUUGGGCUGGCGGCCAGGUGCACAGA